AGUCUCGUUGGCACCGGCCACGUCGACAAGGCCGCCAUCAUCAGCGCUGCUGGUGACAGCGUCUGGGCUACUUCCUCCGGCUUCGAUGUGAAGCCCGAGGAGAUGAAGACCAUCUCCGCCAUCGUGGGCGGUGACGACAAGGCCAAGGACGGCGCUUUCGCCGAGGGUCUCUUUGUUGCUGGCGAGCGCUUCGUUAUGGCCCGCGCCGAGGACCGCAGCAUCUACGCACGAUCGGGCAGGACUGGUGUCGCUAUCGCCAAGACCAAGCAGGCCAUCAUCGUCGCCCAUCACGGCGAGGCCGCUGUUGCCGGCAACGCCAGCUCCGUCGUCGAGGCCCUCGCCGACUACCUCAUCGGACAGGGAUACUAA